AUUGUACACUAAUCUAGCGAAUUAACCCGCCUGCGUUGAUAACAUGCAACGAAAGUAGAAUUCACUGGGUUUAAAUAGGAACGCCGAACGGACGGAAGCCAUCAGUUUCAAGUUGUCCGCCUUGAGCAUCGAGUGAGCCAGCCAUCUUCAAAAUGACUCUGAAAUCCGACGAAGUUUUCGCGAAAAUCACCAAGCGCCUGGAGUCGAUAGAUCCUGCCAACCGCCAGGUUCAACAGGUGUACAAAUUCAGAAUAACCCAAGAUGGAAAGGUGGUGAAGAACUGGAUUCUGGACCUUAAGAACGUCAAACUGCAAGAGUCCGACGGUGAUGCCGAGGCCACUUUGAUCAUGGAAGACGACGUCAUGUUCGCCAUCGGAACCGGUGCUCUGCCUGCCAAGGAAGCCAUGGCUCAGGAUAAAAUGGAAGUGGAGGGACAGGUUGAGCUGAUCUUCCUCCUGGAACCAUUCAUUGCCUCGCUGAAGUGAACGUAACAGUCGUACCUGUCGUGAGAGCGGAUUUCAUGUCAUCCUACUUGUUGUAAUUUAUUUCGAAUCAACUGUCAUUUUGAAUUUGGCGCAUUAAAUAUUGUUUUUGAAACUA